UGUGAUUAUGUUUGUCAAGGGUUCAAUUCGUUUUAAUAAUACGUAUUUUUGAACUGUAAAUGGUGCCGAAACUUCAGGAAUUUUGUAAAUGACUUGGCAAAACGCGACACUACUUUUAUAUAUCUACCACGUCACCGAACCGAACGGAAAAAGAGGCUUUAACGGUAAAAUAUGUGUUCAUUGGAAAUGUUAAUAUCAUAAUUAUUGGGCAAAACAUGUCAGAGAAGAAAGUGGAUACAGAAAUUGUGCAGAGGCAGUAUAUAAACGAUGCUCUUCUGAUUGAUGAAGCUGAAAUUAUUGAUGUGUCUGUCUUUGACUUUGAUGAUAGCGAUGGCUGUUAAUAGAAAAUCUAUCGAUACAAGAACAUUUACAAGAUCCAAAAAACGGUCUAGUAGAACUAGUUUCGAAUCUAUUUUGGAAUCUUUAUCUUCACCUGUGUCAAAUACGUGGAGAACUUCAAAUUUUUCAAAUAUAGAUGAGAAUUUCAGUAAAUAUUCAGACAUAACUACUGCCAAUAGAGAAGAGGCUGUGCCUCCUAUGUUAAAAAUGGCAAUCAAUGCAAACAGUAAUUUUUUUUCUGAGGAAUCUGUAACAUCUGGUCAAGAAAGUAUGGAAGUAUUUUUAAAUAUGUCUCGUUCAAAAGGAAUUGAUUCGUUUAUUAAUUUAGUGGAACCUGGACUUAAUGAUCCACUGAUGAACAUUUCACAACCUUCUAUCUUUUAUUCAUCUAUCAUCUCAUUACCUAAAGAUGAUUCAUUACAUGGUUCAGAACCCAGUAAACAUGAGGAAUCUUCAAAUGUGAUUCGGUGCAGUCAAGAAAUUGAUAAGUGUGAAGGUGCUAAGGAUUCAAACAUCAAUGAAACUUUCCUAAAAGUUAAUGAAUUAGACAAUAAUAUUACUAGCUACUGCCUGAGCACAACGAAUAAGACAUUUACAAAUAAAUCUGAUGUUGAAAAGGAAUUAAAUGAGACCUAUAAUACUGAUGUAACUCCUAAAAUGGUUGUAUUGCCAAGUUCAGAUAAAGAUAGAUUUAGUACAACAAAGUUGUCUUCCACGUAUGUAAAUAAAAAUGAUGAUACACAAAUAUUACAAUCGGAAAAUAAUGAAAGAAAGAAAUCAUGCAAUUUAAACACUACAUGUCCUUUAGUUUUUGAAAAAGCAAAAAAUUCAUCUGUUUUAAAUACUACAUAUUGUACAGCAGAUAUUGAAAAUGCAAUUAGUACAACUUCAACUGGAACAAGUGAUCUACAACAUGAUAAAGAUCAAAUAUACAACUUACAAAAAUCUAUAACUUGUGAUAUACCAAAAAAUGCUGAACCUCCCAUGUUUAAACUGCCUGUUUUUCAAUCAACCCCUAAAAAUACAGAUACAGAGAGUUCCACGAGUAGAACGAUUACCAAGUCUUUAGAAUCAUCUCAAGUAUACAAUACGGCUUUAAAUUUGAAUUUUAAAGCAUCCACAUUAUUGAGGAAAGAAUUAUUAUCAGAAAUAUAUAAAACUGGAGAUCAUAGACUGGAUUAUACUUUCAAUCAUGGAAUUAAAGAACAUCAAAGUGGGAAACUUAAGAAGGAAAUCGAUGAAUUCUUGAGUCAGAAUGUCAAAGAUGGUAUUCCUGCAGAAAAUAAAUAUAAUACAUAUAGAAAAGAAUCGUCAAUUAAUAAAAUUAAAUCUCAUGCCGAAACAACAGAUGGGGCAGGAGCUUGCAUUAAAAAUUUGCCAGAUAAGAAAUAUUAUACAUUUACCAAAAAAGGUAGCAAUCACGGUGGCAAAACUGAUAUGGAAAAUGCAGAAUCGAUUGACAAUGUGAACGCUACGUUCAAAAAACCAUUUCAAAAAUCACAGAAGAGGAAACAACACAUACCACGGAUGCUCUCAAAAUUGCCUCAGUUUCUUCAAAAAUCUAAUCCGAAUCUUGUAUCCAAUUCAUUGAAAACUGUUAACAUAACAAAUACGAACGCGUCCAACUAUGGCUACAUGAAAGGUUCUCAACCAAAUAUUGUGAAAGAUAUUGAAAAAGCAAGUCUAGCAAACAAAUCGUAUUCUCUUGGAAAAAUGAGUGGUUCUGAACAACGUCUCUUAGAACUGAACGCAGGCGUUGGAGAACUUCAAAUAUUAGGUGUUGGGGGAUCUACAGAGAGUAUUGAAAGUACACAGAGUGCUCAUAGUGCACCUGAUUUGGAUGAUAGGCUCAGUACAUGUUCAGAUAGUAGUCACAAUUCAUACACUACGCAGCCAAUGAAUAUUGAACAAUUGCAUCAAAUAGUACGGAUGCAGGAAGAAAGUUUAAAACAAGAUGCAACGUCUCGAUUGAAUAAGCGAGUUUUAGAAAAUACUUUUCAUGUAAAAAAAGAUUUACUUUCUCCUAUACUAAAAAAUGGUGUUGAUAAUUGUGAUAGUGAUUCAUCAUUGAGUACAGAGUUUAAUGUUAUAACAAGCUCUCCAAUAGAAAGUCCCAUGAGAUCUAGUCAGUCAAAUACUGAUGGUUUUCAAUAAACCAGUUAUGAAAGUUGAAAACAAAACGAGAUUGCGACAGCCAACAAAUUGGAACACGGGAAGUAGAUCUACAAAUCUUAUGAGCGCUAUUCCUAGACCACCAUCACGCAUACCAGCACCUAGAUUUGUUAGGCCAACUGUAAAAAAUAUCCAAGGUGAUAUAAAACGAGGAUAUACGUAAAAUUAUAAGUAUUUAUAAUCAAAGUAUGUGUUUUUAAAUAAUAUUCGUAAUUUAAUCUGUAUUCAUAUCGUAACUUGUAUAAAAGAUGUUUUAAGUUGUGAUCCUGGAGGGAGAAUCCUUUCAAACAUGAUAAAAUUUAGUAUUAUUAAAUUUUCGAGGAUAAUAAACAAAAAAAGAUUGAAUUUAUACCAAUUUUGAACUAUUUUAUCACUGUUUAUAAAGAAAACAACAAAUUUAAAAAUGAAAUAUCUUUGUAAUAAUUUGGUAUACAAUUUUUUAAAACCAAAAUAUCUAUUGAAAGACUAUUUAGAUUAUAAAAUUUUUAAUUAUUGAUUAGUUUGACUUUAUGUAAAUUGCUUUGUUUCAUAUUUUGACAUCUUCCAGAAAUUACCCCUCCAAAUUUUUUGUUCCAUUAAUAAUUAUUUAUAUAAUGCUUAUAUUUCAAUUUGAACUGUUAAUGAAUUUUAAUAUAUUGCGAAAAUACAAUAAUGUAAUGAAUGUGAAUUGCUAUCUUUGCAGCAUGAAGUAUCUUCAUUACAUGCUGCAGAUAUAUAAAAAUAAUUUUUUAUAAAAAUGUUAUUAAAUAUAAAAUGGAGUUGUAUAUCAACAAGAGAGUAUAUGCAUGAUGCGUGUAUUCCAUUUUCAGGAUUAAUAAUAUACCAAUAAUAUGCUGCAUCUAGUUAUAAGAUAAAUUUUUGGACUGACAUUUUUAUAAACUUUAUCAAAAAAACAUAUCAGAUAAUGAGAAUAAACUAAUACAAAGAGUACUAAUACAAAAGAAAAUAUUUUAAAAUAAGUUAAUUUUAUACUACCAUAAAAAAAGUCACAUAUAAAGAAAAGUUAUUCAAAUAAUAAAAAUAAUAAUUUUCAUAGAACUACAUUAUUACUCAAAAUAAACAGAAAAGAUAUUGAAAAGAUAUCAAAUAUCAAUUGAAAUUUUUCAAUACAAUUUUUUUUAUAUAAGAACAUGAAAGUUUAAAAUGUAACCAUUAUUAUGUAAAUUUUUAUAAUAUAUAAAAUAUUUAAAAUUAUUAAAAAGAAAUUGCUGCAGUAUUAUUUCUAAUAUAAAUGGAGUACAUACUAAAUUAAUUUAGAUACAUAGCAAUUUAUGGUAUAUUAUCGAUUCUAAGCGGGAUAUUUUUAUAUUUUUAAUACCGUCAAGCAUAAUUUUUGUUGAUCUGCAAUAAUUAUAUUUUCAACUGUGGUUUUUAUAACUUCUAUAUUCUAGAUAUGAAUGCUUUUAAUAGAUGAAAAUUAGAUGAAAAUGCUUUUAUUAUUUUAUGCUUUUAUUAUUUUAUGUUACGUUAUAGUUACCAAAAGUUAAUUAAAAAAUUGUUUGUGUAUCGUAAGGUCGAUAUCAAUUUAAUUACUAAAACCUGCAAAUUUAAAAAAUAGAUCUAUUUAUGCAUUACAGUGAAACCAAAAAUAUGCUUUGUACGCUGACUAAAAAUUUUAAUCAUUUCUAUUAAAUAGAUACUGUAUAUAAAAUAUUUUAAAAUAUAGAAGUGCCUUGUAGUACAUUCUACAAUAGCCUUCUAUUAAGUAAUAAAAAAUAUAAUUAAUUAGAAAUCAAUUUUUCAUUUUUUUAAUUACAUCUCUGAAUCGUCAAGUCUACAAAAUGUCGCAUUUAUAUUUAAGGACUAAUAGAGUAAACUUCUCCUUGGGCAAAUUGAUUAUUGUUUUUGUAUAUAAUUUCUUAAAUGACUUCUAAUAACAUAAUUUAUUUUCUAUACUAUGGAGCUUACUAAAUAAUGUAUACAAUAAAUUAUCAUUUAUUGUAUACUUCAUGCAUUUCAUUUCCGUCCUAAAACAUCAUUUAUUAUAUCAAAUCAAGAAAUUAAGGAUUGUAACAUAUCGCAGCGUACAGAUGCUUAAGAAAAAUCCAUUGUCAGUUAAUAUAAAUAUAUACAUAAUAAUAAUAAUAAUACUUUAUUAUAUAUGUGUAUAUAUAUAUAU